AUGAAAAGAUGUACCAAAAUUCCACGCCUAUGUGUUUCGAAAUUCACUUAUUUGGCAGCAUUCUGAAUUCGUAGAACUCAUCACACGCACCAGGUCGUACACAUACAAGAUUCGUUACAUAGGAUUUGUAACGAAUGGAAUAUCCGUAGCAAAGUAAAUUAUCGUAGCAAAUGUCUUUUUCGUGUAGCAGAUCACAUUCACACUCUUAGCAGAUCUCGUCACAGAUAAAAGAGUAAUAAGAAAAAUGGUCUCGUUAUUAAGAUUCUCAUUAGGAAUAAAUUUCAUUCAUGGCUUCCCAAAAUUGUAUUAACGUUCAAAAUGUAGGAUGGUGAUGCGUCAAUCAAUCAAUGGUUUUAUCAGUCGGUCUAGUUAGAUAGUUGUAUGCCCCCUGUACCUACUUAUGCGAAACACGUCAAUUAUCGUCCCACUAUAGAUACAACACAUCAAUUGGGUCGCUAUCAACCGGUUAUUUACCAUAAUUACUUCGUUUAUAAGUAGGCAAACACAAUAGAUUAUUUCAUUACGAAGAAAUUUUACAAUCAUUUGGACUUUUGUUUGUAUCAAAAUGACUUCGUCCGAAGAUCUUUAUUUGGAUAGAGCAAAGUUUGUGAUGAAGCAUCUUGGUGUCUGGAUGCCAUCCGAUGAUGAAUCUGCCAUAUAUAAGGGAUACAGAAUCUUUAUGAUAACAUUACAAUAUUUAUUUCUAAUAUUUCAAAUGAUUUAUAUUAUUCAAGUUUGGGGUGAUUUGGACGCAGUUUCCCAGGCAUCUUAUUUGCUGUUCACUCAGGCCUGCCUCUGCUUAAAAAUCACAGUAUUUCAGUAUAACAUGGAUAUGUUUCGGCAAUUAUUGAGCAUUAUGGACGGAGAGGUGUUUAAGCCAGAGACAGCAACUCAUGAGAUGAUUUUACAGGUGCAAGCUAAGCGUAUCAAGAGACUUCUAUUAGCAUUUAUGAUAAGCUCUCAAAUAACUUGCGGACUGUGGGCUCUCAAGCCAUUAUUCGAUGACGCCAGUCGGGAAUUCCCCUUCGAUAUGUGGAUGCCAGUGAACCCGGAGAAAGCCGUGCAAUACUACAUCGGGUAUGGCUUCCAGUUGGGAACGAUAUGUAUCAGCGCUUACAUGUACUUCGGUGUGGAUAGCGUCACCUUUUCAUCCGUGAUAUUCGGGUGCGCGCAGAUCGAGAUCGUUAAAGAAAAGAUUUUGACAAUUACUCCCGUAUGGGAUAAACGUGGACGCGAUAUUACCGAGGCUUUAUCAGAAAACUACAAAAAGCUCACAAACUGCAUAAAACAUCAUCAAACCAUAGUAACGUUUACGAAGCUAGUUGAGAACGCUUAUCAUUCAUAUUUACUGUUCCAAUUGAUGGGCAGUAUUGGGAUUAUCUGCAUGUCCGCGUUAAGAAUUUUGGUAGUCGACUGGCGCAGCAUGCAGUUCUUCUCGAUCCUGACAUACGUGUCGGUGAUGAUAAGUCAGUUGUUUGUCUGCUGCUGGUGCGGACAUGAACUUACUGCAACGAGUGAAGAUCUACACAGGGUGAUGUAUAAAUGCAUCUGGUAUGAGCAGGACGUGAAGUUCAAGCGCGACCUGUGCUUCGCCAUGAUGCGCAUGAAUCGCCCUCUUGUGCUGCGCGCUGGCCAUUACAUACAACUGUCUCGGCAGACGUUUGUUGCAAUUCUCCGAAUGUCUUAUUCGUACUUUGCCGUACUGAAUCAGACAAUGUAGAAGCAUAAUGAAACUUAGCUCAAGAAACCACUUUUAGAUAUGUAGCAAAGAUACGUAGAAACACAAAUAAUAGUUAAAUAAAUCAUUACAUUAGAAGAA